AUGGCCAACUUAAAUCUAUUUAGGAGAAAGCAAUUUACUCCAAUUGAAACUGUUAGGUUAUACAUUAAAAAUAUUGUGAAUACUUCAAAUCAACUGCAUUGGUAUAAAUGGGUCCAUUUAAAGUGCAUCAGACAAGGUUUUACAGUAACACAGGAAACCAUUCGUCAUCUACUGCUUGAAGUUGAUCCAGAAGGAGUAGUAUUCAGUAGAGAUGUUCUGGGUACCCGGCAAUUACUCGAUGGCCGGGCACUCGAUAUCAUAUUUAAGACUCGGCUCUUACUCGGUACCCGGCGAAAUACUACAUUUUUACUCGACUCAUAUCCAAUGGCAAACGACAAUCUAUUUAUAAAUAUAGUAUUAGUGUAUUACCUAUAA